AUGGACGCAGAUGAAGAUGGCUUUGACUCCGCUCGCGGGGUUGGGUCUGGGACAACGGAGGCUGAGAAAGAAUUUGAAAAGGUGUUGGAACAACUACGUGAGGCUGAAGGGAUGAAGUAUUAUUCUGAUGUCUACACAAAGCUUUACGAUUCCUACUUUAAACUGAAAGAGGAGAACGGUACACAAAAUGAACAAAUCACUGCGUUAAAGACGAAGUUGGGCCGCUUCGAUGACACUGUGUCAGAUUACAUCACAGAACUGACAGACGCUCAGAAGAACAUCGAACGACUAAUGGCUGAAAUUGAGGAGGCAAGAUGUUUAGCGGACGCGAUGCACGCGAGGGAACUGGCCAGUGUCGAGAGUCUGGACACAAUGAAGAAGACACUCACCAAAUUGGAGAAGGAGUUAGACGCGAGGAAACGCGCCGGAGAAGAUGAUGCCGGUGCAACAUCAGCAGUAAAAGAAAAGGAGAAGUUCGAGAAAGAAAAGGCGCGUCUCCAGGGCGAACUGGAUGCUAUCAAACUGCGGCUGGAAAACGCGCUCAGCUACAUCGAAGAUCUGGAGCACAGGAACACGGCCGGUGAGGAAAAUAUCGCUAAGCUGGAAGAAAAGCUUGAGGACGCAGAGAAUAAUGCAGUGCGACAGAACAGACUUGUAGAUUUCAUAAAAUCUGAGUCCGCAACGCUCAAGGCUGAGAUGGAACAAAGAGGUCUGAUCAUCAGCAAUCUCAACGAUAAGCUGAGCAAAGCAGAGAAAGGUAUAGAGCGUCGCGAGAAGCAACUGAACAGUAUGGGCAACAGGCUGGAGCAGGCGCAACGCGAACAGGAGGAAGCGACCGCGCGCGCUACAUCUCUGAGGGAACAGCUGGAUAACACCAACAUAAAAUUGGAGCAGACCAAGCAGACGCUUGUAUCCACCACCAAGGAGUUAAAGAAUAGUACUGAUGACAACAAUAGAAUGAGGAACGAUAUCUCAAAGCUCCGCAAACAGUUGGUGCAGCAAACCAAGAAGUACCAACUUUUAGAGCAGGCUAAGGCGACCAUAGAAUCCGAAAGGGAACGUCUGCGCCAGCAAGUGACUGUGAUGGAGAGGGAGAUAAUGCUGGGCAACAAGCAUGCGGAGGCUGAGCGGAGGGAGAUUGAGAACUUGAACAGGGAGAAGGACAUUCUCAACAAAAACAUACAGAAGAUUCAGAACGAGGCAAUGGAUAACCUGCAGCUGCUGAACCUGCAGGAGCAGCGCCGCAAGCAGCUGGAGCACGAGGUGGAGGUGAGCAAUGCGCAGAUCAACAAGCAGCGACUCGCCAUCCUGCAGAUGGAGAAGGACAAGGACAGAAUGUUGGAAGAAACAAUAGCUCUCAAUGACAAGAUAGACGAGAUCUCAGAGGAGGUGCGUCUCCGUACUGCGGAUAUAUUGGACCUGAACAAGGCAUUAAGAGAGGAAGCCAUCAAAAGUCGCAAACUCUCAGUUGCAUUAGACGCAACUCGUACUGAGAGGAACAUGCUGCACAAGAACUAUACAGAAGCGGUUGACGAAAUACAGGAUCUAAAGCAGAAAUUGAAGAUGUUAGCGUACCAGAUCGAGCAGUUAAAGGAGGACAUCAGCGGCAAGGAAACUGGGCUGAAGACGUGCGAGGGCACACUCGCCAAGUGCAACAAGAAGAACGAGCAGCUGCGGGGCGAGGUGCAGGCGGGACUGACGAGACUGGCCGAGGCCCGCGCAGACAUCACCGCGCUCCGGCAGGAGGAGGCGCGUCUCAACAGGAUCAUACAGGAGAGUGACGUGGCUCGCGCCAAGCUGAUGAAGGAGCUGGAAGGCAUGAUGAACGAGCGCGACGUGGUGGGGGCGCAGCUCGUGCGUCGUAACGACGAGAUCUCUCUGCUGUAUGAGAAGAUACGUAUCCUAGAGGUCACCUUGCACAGAGGAGAGCGUCAGUACGAGCAGCGGGUGGAGGACAUCCGCCUCCUUCGUCUGGAGAUCAUGAGACUGCGCAAAGAGAAAAAUCUACUGUCUAAAGGCAUUGAGAACAUGACUGACUUGAGAUUAGAGGUGUUCAACUUGGAGCGCGAGUUGGGCAGGUCUCGGCUGCGAGUGCGCGCGCUGGAGGAGGCGCUGGAGACACCUCUCAAUGUGCACCGCUGGCGCAAGCUGCAGGGAACUGACCCCGACAGUGUCACACUCACACACAAGUUGCGUCUCACACAGAAGAAGGUGCUGGCGCAGAGCGAGCAGCUGGUGCUGAAGGAUCGCGAGCUGAAAGAGACCAGGAACCUGUACGGCGCUGUGAAGGACAUGCUCGCGCUGCAGCCGAGCCCAGAGAUACAGCAAACUCUGAAUCGGACACAACGUGCGCUUGCGCAGCGCACCACGAAGAUGAAAUGCCUCAUAGCUGAAUUAGCAAUGCGCGAGAACCAAGUGACGGAUCUCAGACGUGAAUUAGAUCGAACGAAUGGAGAUUUACAUUCGUUCAAACAAAAAUAUUACGAAAUGAAGCGAGCGCUCGACGCGGACGAGGCGCGCCGACUGAAAGUACCAACUCCGCUGCAUCCCACUACACCUACAUUGCAGGAGAUCACGACAUAAACAUUCUUGAUGUGUUCAAUUGUAAAAAACUAAAUUAAAUGACUUGUAAAUAUUUUGCAAUCACAUCUUUUCUAAUCAUGUGAUAAGUUAACUUAAAAUAUACCCUAGUUCAUUGUUAUUCGUUUUUUAUUACGCUGAGUCAUCACUAAGGGAGCCUCUAAAUGUAGAUUUAGUAAGUCUAUGAAACCACUUACAAACCAUCAACUUGACUAUAAAUUAUCAAUUCCAAUUAUGUAAUACGGGAUAUAAGACAAAAUAAAACACAUUCAAGUAAUUAA